AUGACAAAGAAUGAUAGUAAUCAUAUAACCAAGGUGUUUCAGUUCAAGUUCUACUCAUUCCUCUCGAGUAGAUGGGGAAUGGCACUUUGUAUCUUGGGCGCAUUCAUCUCCUUUAACACCGUCUUCCAUUUGGUAUCGAUGUAUGGUGUAUCUACAAAGACUUCUCACAUGAUCAAUCAGAUGUCUGAUAAUGUCGGCGGACAUAACUACCAGAGCAUACUCUGUGCAGAGCCAAUCGAUAUAGUGUACACAUGGGUCAAUGGAUCAGACCCUCAACUGAUAAAGGCUGUCACUGAUCUCAAACGAAGGAUGAGAGAUCCAACAAUACCAGAAUGUCAAGAGAAACAAGACCCAAACAAACAUAAAUGUUAUAGAGAUGAUAAUCCUCCGAGCAGGUACAUCGACAAUCAGGAGUUGAAGUACUCACUGCGAUCGGUGGAACAGUUUGCACCAUGGGUAAGACAUGUGUUCUUGGUGACCAAUGGCCAGGUGCCCAACUGGAUCGACCUGAGCAAUCCAAAGCUGACGGUGGUCACGCACGAGGAGAUCUUCAAGAACAAGUCAGACCUGCCAACGUUCAGCUCGCCGUCAAUCGAGACGCAUCUGCACCGCAUACCUGGCCUGUCCAAGAAGUUCCUGUACCUGAACGACGACGUUAUGUUUGGCCGCCCCGUCUAUCCAGACGACUUUCUGACGCAGGGCGGUGGCCAGAAGGUGUUCCUCAGCUGGCCCGUGCCCAACUGCAAUGAAGGCUGUCCAAGCAACUGGAUAGGCGAUGGCUUCUGCGAUGCAGCCUGUAACGUCACGCUGUGCGAUUUCGAUGCAGGCGACUGUGACAAUAGCACGGGCAAGGUCAAGACGAGGUGGUCACGAGGCCAAUCAACUGGUACGCCGCGCACAGACUCUACCGCAGGCAACAGGGCCAAGAACUAUUGUUCUCGUGGCUGUCCUGACUCUUGGAUCGGAGACACUCACUGCGAUCGUAUGUGCAAGAAUGCCGACUGUGGAUUCGAUGCCGGUGAUUGUGGCACGGAAUUGAUGGCCAGCGGUAUGAUCGGUUAUGAGAUCACGAAUCAAACAUUAAUUAAUAUAGCCAAUGGAACAUCGGCAGUCUACUUCAAUCUUACAAAGCUUGUUGGAGAUGCAUCGAUCACUGAUGGCACACAUGACAAUGUGUUACUGGUGCGAACGGCAUCCAUUUCACAAAAGCACAAGAUGAUGACAUUGACAUUCCAUCAUAACAUCACCUUCCAGAACGUCUCCAUAUCCAUCACAUUUGAAAAGGGCACUGGCACCGAGAAAGUGUCCAUCACCAAGGACUUCAACAUCACUCUGUCUACAUUGGUCACCCCAACUGAACCUCCUGUCACAUUACCAAGCAACAACACGACUGCAGCAACAGCAGGAGCAACAGGAGGAGCGACCACAUCUCCAGCGAGCACCAAUGUCACCAAUGCCAUUGAUCCACCACAACCUGGGGAGGGCGCACUGAUAGAGGGAGAACAGGUGGUGACUGAAAUUCAGGACCUUGACCAGGCUCAGGGCGAGUCUGAGGAUGUGGCCAACGUGUUUGACUCAAAUGGAGAGGAGAAGAGACUGUUCACCAACAACCAUGAUGAGGAGAGCAAAGUCAUCUUAGAGCAGGAGCAACAACAGAAGGAGAACAAAGAUAUUCCUCCUCAUCAACGUCCUGGAGCCCACAGGGGUCUGAUGUCGUUCGAACAACAACCACAACCACAACCAUUACAACAACAAGUUGACGAUAUCUUACUGCCAAUGCGAUAUGUUGAGCCAGUACAGACCAAGGAGGACGACUCCAAGUAUGUUUCUGAGCUACUACAGAGCAAAGCCAUCGAUCCGCACGAGCUGGCGAUGAAGAAGUACACAUUGAACAGAGAGAUGGAGCAGACCCUGCGAGAUGAGGGUGAGAUAUACCCGUGGGAGAACAUCGUCGCCCAAGAAGACAGCAACAACAGUGCCGAGAUGGUCAGUUUGGCCAAAGGUGGUCAACGUAAGCUGUUGGACAUGUUUGCCGAUUCACUCAAGUAUGUCAACAGACUGUAUACCGUCGAGUUUGGAUCAUCGCCAAGGAAGGUACCUGCACACAUGCCUCACAUGAUCGAUCGAGACCUAAUGGAGGAGAUACAACAAAAGUGA